CCCGAUUCGUACCAACAGGUCGAACCCAAAACACCAGCUUUGAACCAUCUAUCUUAAUCCUAAGCCAGAUUGAAACUUUCUCAGAUUAGCAAACUUACAGAGCAUUCACAACGGUAUAUAAAUAAGCUCAUCUGCCCAUGGCGUUCACUUGUAUUGCCCAGCUGAAGUCCAAUUAUUACCUUCAUCACUCCAUUCCUGUCAUUCCUUCACGUCGACUCUCCCCUUCGUCCUCCGGCCGCCGCCUUCCUCCGUCGUCUUGCCGGUUCGUUCAGGUACGAUUCUGUCUCUUUUUCUAAUCUAUCCAAGCUCUUCUCUUCGUUGUCGCUGGAGCAGAAUUGGGAUUGAUGUUGACGCUGACCUUGUAGUUUCCCACUUCGUUCCAUCCCCCAGUUCUUCGGUCGGCAGUUCCCGCCUGCGAUUCAGAUUUCUUCUUGAUCCCAAGUCAAUGACCGUGCUUCGCCAGUCCGGCAGAAAACUGGGUCUGCCAUUGAUGAAUCUCCUUAGAUUCAAAGGAUUGCCCGUUUUGGAGCAAGUCCAUUUGGAGGAGAAGUUACUGCGAACGUCUUCAGAUAAUUGGUGUAUCGUAAACGAUGGAACUUCAAUCCCCCGCCAUAGUCAUGGGCGUCUCAGGGAAACCUGCAGAACUUCUUGAACUAAAGCUUGUGUUGGGAGAUCACGUUCCUGUCAUCAAACGGUUUACAGGUGGCGGUACAGUUAUCGUUGAUGAAGGGACGAUUUUCGUCACUCUCGUAUGUAACAAGGACGCUGUUCCUCAGGUCCAACCUUAUCCUCGUCCGAUCAUGUCAUGGAGUGGUACAUUGUACGAUGAAGUGUUCCGAGGGAUAGCCGAUUUUCAACUGCGAGAGAACGAUUAUGUAUUUGGCAACCGCAAGUUCGGUGGGAAUGCUCAGUCUAUAACGAAGAACCGAUGGAUACACCACACUUCCUUUCUAUGGGACUACGAGGAUCGGAAUAUGGACUACUUGAAGCUACCUUCUCGCGCCCCUGAGUACAGAUCGGCAAGAGACCAUACAGAAUUCGUGUGCAGAAUGCGUGAGUAUAUGCAGAGGCCAGCUUUCGUCGAUAGAACCAUCAAAGCUCUCGAAGCCUACUUCUCGGUGCAACCUGUGAGCUCCGAAGCAGCAGUUAAUGGUGACCCUCAGACGACGACGACGACUGAAUUCAUUCCCUCCACCAGGCUUGUAUCAGAGAAAGAACUCGAGGAUGCUUUCGCAUCUACCACAUUUGAGAGAAUGGCUCACACUGUCAGAAUUUGAUGCUGCACGAGUGGAUGCUAACGCCUGUGAUGGCCCCAUUGUUGUUCAUUCUUCUUCUGUAUCCUUUGUUCCUUAGAUAUCAUCUGGUGAUCCAACGACGUUAACAUACACCGAUCUGUCACCACAUGAACUUGACACAUCCUUGAACUCAUAUAGUCUUGUUUUGAGAUCUGAUUGACUGAUUCUGUGAAGACAACACACUCUAGACCGUUCUUAAUCUUCUGUUCAUUUGCUAAUUAUAGUUGUCACCGGUGAGGUGAAUGCUAAACAGUCACACACAGGGGAAACCAGGUUACAACAUAUUUUCUGUAAUUUGAUUUUAUUAUUUACUAAUUUUCUAUAAAAAAAAACUUUCAGGAGAAAAGAUAAAAAAGGAGUCUGGUA